CGCGCACCUCCACCGCCUUUGAGCAUGGGCUCCCGGCGAAGGUUCCUAUCGCGGCUUUCUUUUUUUUCCGGCGAGAAAAAUCGACGAUCGCCGUUCGCUUUUCCUGUCUCCGUCCGCCGCACCAAGCUGCUCCUCUCCAUUUUAAUCCUUGUCGCCUCCCUACUCCACCUUCUCGGUCUCAGGGAAACCCUAGCCGUUAUCGCUCCCCUAGUCUACUGCCUUGGCUUCUCCACCUUCUUACUCGCCAAAUUCAUAGCUUUCCUCCGUGAGAAAGAGCGCGACGACGAACGCUCGCCCCUCCAAGCCGAUUGCAAGAGGGCGGUCCUGAUCCAUCGGGAGACACUACGGCGAAUCACCGGAAGGGGCUUGGUGGAUUUGCCGCACCAUGGGUUCGAUUACUCUUACAGUUCGGAAUGGUUAUGUGAGCCCACAGUGGGGUACGUCCAGCUUCCGGUGGGCGUACCUGGGCCUCUGCUGCUCGACGGGAGCCAGUACUAUGUACCGAUGGCGACCACCGAGGGCUGCCUGGUGGCCAGCGUGUCCAGGGGAUGCAAGGCCAUCGCAUUGAGUGGAGGCGCCACGAGCGUCCUCCUCCGCGACGGGAUGACGCUGAUGCCGGUGGUUAGGCUGCCGUCCGUGGGCAGAGCGGCGGAGCUCAAGACCUUCUUGGAGAACCCGAACAAUUUGGAGACCCUCGCAGAGGUGUUCAACAGUGCUUCCAGAUUUGCCAAGCUGCAGGAAAUCAAAUGUGCUAUGGCUGGGAGGAGCCUGUACAUGAGAUUCAGAUGCGGCACAGGAGAUGCCAUGGGCAUGGACAUUGUUUCUGAGGGCGUUCAAAUUGUGUUAGAUUACCUGCUAAACAAUUUCAACGACAUGGAAGUCAUAAGCACCUCAAGUAAAUUCUUGUCUGAAAAUAAACCAGCUGCCAUGAAUUGGAAGGAAGGCUGCGGCAAAUCAGUUGUUUGUGAAGCAAUCAUCAAGGAGGAAGUGGUAAAGGAGGUUUUCAAGACCAACAUACCGGCACUUGUAGAACUCAACAAGAUCAAGAACCUAGCUGGCUCUGCAGUUGCUGGUUCUCUUGGAGGGUUCAAUGCUCAUGCCGGUAAUAUUACAUCUGCUAUCUUCAUUGCCACUGGCCAAGAUCUGGCUGCCAAUGUGGAGAGUUCUCAGUGUAUCACCAUGAUGGAAGCUGUGAAUGAUGGAAAGGAACUUCAUGUUUCUGUGACCUUGCCAUCGAUUGCGGUUGGCACAGUUGGUGGAGCGACUGAGCUAGCUUCACAGACUGCCUGUUUGGACCUGCUUGGUGUGGUGGGUGAAAGCUUGGAAUCUCCUGGUGCUAACUCUGGGCAACUGGCCACCAUCAUCGCCGGCGCAGUCCUUGCUGGUGAGAUCUCCCUCCUCUCAGCUCUCGCAGCUGGGCACCUAGUCAAUAGCCAUAUGAAGUACAACAGAUCCCUACGAAGAGGAACCAAAAAUGGACAAUUGUAGAAGAGAAUAGAGUGCACUGUCGUUUACUUCUAUAGAUAGAAAAAUAAAUAAAUAAAUACAUGUAUAAGAGCUCAGCAUUGAUUGAGUUCUAUGAUGGGCUAAUAACCUGAGUUUUGUUAGCUCAUGAAACAGAGAAUUGU